AUGUCGCAUUCUAAUAAUUUAAGAACCUUAUAUGCAACAACUUCUUCGUACGACACAACAUCUCAUCAGUCCUUCCAUAACCCAGAUGAUUUAACACCUUCAUGGGACUAUUUAAAGAGUGAUAAAGAAAAAAUAGAAGCGAAAAAUGGCUUGACUUUAGGUGAUUUAGGCGAUUUUGGUAAUUUAUGGAGUUAUUUAAGCACCGAAAAAGAAAAAUGGAGCCCAACUUCUAAUUCGUUUCCUUCUAUGAAAAUCGUUGACGCUGACGGUAACAAUCAUAGUCAACAGUUAACCAACGAUCUAUUGAAACCACCUUCACUACUCUACAACUCUUAUUCUUCUGAAGAAGAAAGUAGUAACUUUGAUGAACAUAAAUUAAUACCUGCUGUAAAACAACAACGUCAACAAUCAUCUACAAAAAUUUUAAAAAAGAAAGUUGUAAACAAUAUUAAUAGUGGCAGUGAUGGUAAUAAUAAAAAAAACACUUCUAAUAUCAAUUUAAAAGAUCUUUUGGCUAAUACAAAAACUAAAAAAGCAAUGAAACGACAGAGACAAAAACAGAAGCGUUUAGAACAACAAGAACAGCAACAAAAGCUGCAACAAAAUCAACCACAAAAACAGCCACAAAAACAAAAGAUUGUUAAUAAUGACGUAGUGAAAAAAGUCCAUUUUAAUAAAAUAGUUUUGGUUGAUGAUUCAUCAAAUCAUGAGAUACUUAAAGAACCAUCAUUGAAGAUUAAUGUGGAUCAAAAUAUAGAUAAAAAAACAAAAAAAUCUCGCUCUAAAAUUCCAAUGCCCACGGAAAUUUCUGAUAAGCCAAUCCAUGUUUUCGUUGAUAAUUCAAAUAUUUAUAUUGGAUUUCAGAAAGUUUGUGAACAACAACAAAAAAGAAAAGAAAAACAAAAGGAAAAGAAAGAAAAAAAAGGAAAAGGCAAAGAAAAAAAAGAUGGGGAUCAACAAAAUCAACAAAAUUCAAAGAACAAAAUGAAAAUGCCUUUUACAAAUAAAAAACAAAUGUUAUCAUACCCAACUCUUUUUACCACUAUUAUUGAACGUGGAAGGAACGUUGCUCGUAGAGAAUUGGUAGCAUCUUUGCCAUUAAUUCAAAAUCUUGACGAAGCAAAGAAUUCUGGAUAUAAUGUUUCAGAACUUAAACGUGUCGAUAAAGGUGGUAAAGGUGGUAAAAAGGAACAAUGCGUUGAUGAACUUCUUCAACUUAAAAUAUUCGAUUCGUUGCUUUAUCAUACACCUGGAACUUUAGUACUUGCAAGUGGAGACGGCAAUGACGGAGAAUAUUUUCAAGGUGGAUUCCACAGAUGUGUCACCAAAGCAUUGGAAAUGGGUUGGAAGGUUGAGAUCAUCAGUUGGAAAAAUCUACUUAGUCAAAACUUCUUGGAUGAGAAGUUCUUGAGUAAAUGGCAAGGGCAAUAUCAAGUCAUCUUUUUGGACAGCUUUUCCAAGGAAUUGGAGGAUACACAUGUUCAUAGGUGUAUUACUCCAGUGAUUGAUCCAUUUUUUCAUGAAAAUGGAAAAAUUAAAAUAGAGUGGGCCAACCUUAUGUCAAAAUCUUCAGCUACUACCAAUAGAAAAUUUGAACCAUGUUUGCUAGGAUCUAAACCAGACUUUACAGUAAUGACAACUAAGCCAGGUAAAUACAUUGAGUUACUCUUUAGGAAAAUCAAACCUCAAAAAGUAUUUAAUAAGUGA